UCGGUGGGCUUUUUUUCCCAACACUUUUUCUCUUCAAGUUGAAAAUCUUAACUUUUAAUUGGCCAUUUCUGAUACAUCAAGAUCAUUCACCAAUGGCUGAGAUGAAGCAACAAUACAAGAGUGCUGCAAUCUACACUCCUUCAAAGAGAAAAAGCACUAGGUUUACAAGAAAAUGUGCUUCUCUGGUUAAAGAACAACGAGCCCGGAUUUACAUUCUCCGCCGCUGCGCCACCAUGCUUCUCUGCUCCUACAUUCAAGAUGAUGAUUAAACUCUAAAGCAACCUACAACUAUAACUAUAUCUAUAUCCGUAUUUUCUAUUUAUUUCUGUUAUACUCCAAAAAAAUUGCCUUACUUCGAACAAACGCGCCUACACGACUAGAUUGGUCCAGUUUGUCUUUAUUUUUUAGCAGUCAAAAAAUAUUGGUCUCUUCUCAACAUGCCAUUUGCAACAGUUUUUGAACCUUGCUGGUGAAAUGCCAUUAGGGUUUUUUUUUUUUUUUUUAUUAAGAGGAGAGACCUUUUUUUGGCUACUAGAUGAAUCUUUUUAACAAACCGGGGCUGAUCGAAGAUAUACUGAAGAAACUGAGCUAAAUUGGCGGCAAAGAAGUAGCCCUAUAUACAGUGUAAAAGGGUUGUGUAAUUGUAUGUUUAUCGGCAUAUACAUGUUAGUGAGCAAGAAUAAGAUGCAAUAAUAUGAAUAAAAAGGAGUUUUUUAAUAUUAAUGUAUUUCCAUAAUGUUAUGAUAUGUACUUGUGUAAUGUACCAAAAUAAAAGGGUGAUGGUUACUCCCCUCUCUAA